AUGCGUGCCGUUGGCUGGCGCUUCCCUGAGCAGGGUCUCGAGACGGUUGACUUGAAGUGGGCACCCUUCUCAGUCGUUGCUGAAGCGAAACGUAAAGAUUUGUGA